AAAAUUUCUAACGGUAGAUCACCUCGUCGACUUUGCUGUUAAGCUGAGAGGUUUUUCAGUGUUUUUUGAUACUUAACUAUCAAAUUAUCACUCUAGUGUUUAAAAAUUAAAGCAGCAAAAGAAAAAUGGCGGAACCACUAAAGGCCCUUUAUGAAAACAAACCUCUGGAGAAGACAAAGAAAGACUCCAAACGUCUUUCAGUGGAGAGGAUCUAUCAGAAAAAGACCCAGUUGGAGCACAUUUUGCUCAGACCCGACUCUUACAUUGGUUCUGUUGAGCCCGUCACCCAGCAAAUGUGGGUGUACGAUGUGGAUGUUGGACUGAACUGCCGGGAUGUGACGUUUGUGCCUGGACUUUACAAGAUAUUUGAUGAGAUUCUUGUGAAUGCAGCUGACAACAAGCAGCGGGACAAAAGCAUGUCAUGCAUCAAAGUCAACAUUGAUGUGGAAAACAACACCAUCAGCGUAUGGAAUAACGGGAAGGGGAUUCCCGUGGUGGAGCACAAGGUGGAGAAGGUCUACGUUCCUGCUCUCAUCUUUGGACAGCUCCUAACUUCCAGUAACUAUGACGAUGAGCAGAAGAAAGUCACAGGUGGACGAAAUGGUUACGGUGCCAAGCUGUGCAACAUCUUCAGUACAAAGUUUACCGUAGAGACCGCCUGUAAGGAGUCCAGGAAAACAUUCAAACAGACUUGGUACGACAACAUGGGGAGAGCAGGAGAUACGAACAUCAAAGCCUUUGAUGGAGAGGAGUUCACUUGCAUCACCUUCAAGCCAGAUUUGAGCAAAUUCAAGAUGAGCACCCUGGACAAAGAUACGGUGGCUCUGAUGACCAGGAGGGCCUACGAUGUUGCUGGAUCCAGUAAAGGAGUCAAAGUGUUCUUCAAUGGCAAAAGGCUGCCUAUCACAGGCUUUCGGAGCUACGUUGACAUGUAUGUGAAGGAUAAGGUGGAUGAGCUGGGAGGCCCCCUCACUGUGAUCCACGAGGCGGUCAAUGAGCGCUGGGAGGUUUGCCUCACCAUGAGCGAGAAGGGUUUCCAGCAAGUCAGCUUUGUCAACAGCAUCGCCACGACUAAGGGUGGCAGACACAUCGACUACGUGGCUGACCAGAUAGUUGGACGGCUGAUCGAAGUGGUGAAGAAGAAAAACAAAGCCGGUGUGGCGGUCAAGCCUUUCCAGGUGAAGAACCACAUGUGGCUGUUUGUUAACUGCCUGGUGGAGAACCCCACCUUUGACUCUCAGACCAAAGAGAACAUGACCCUUCAGCAGAAGAGCUUUGGCUCCACUUGUUCUCUCAGCGACAAGUUCUUUAAACAGGCUACAUCUUGUGGGAUUGUUGAAAGCAUAAUGAACUGGGUGAAGUUCAAGGCCCAGACUCAGCUCAACAAGAAGUGCUCGGCUGUCAAACACACAAAAAUCAAGGGUGUACCAAAGCUGGACGACGCUAAUGAUGCAGGUGGGAAGAACUCUAUCGGCUGCACGCUGAUCCUAACGGAGGGAGACUCGGCUAAGACGCUGGCUGUGUCCGGGCUGGGAGUGGUCGGUAGGGACCGCUAUGGAGUUUUCCCUCUUCGAGGAAAGAUGCUGAACGUUCGGGAGGCCUCGCACAAACAGAUAAUGGAAAAUGCCGAAAUCAACAAUGUCAUUAAGAUCCUCGGCCUCCAGUACAAGAAGAACUACAGCGACCCAGAAUCCCUCAAAAGUCUGCGUUAUGGCAAAAUCAUGAUCAUGACAGAUCAGGAUCAAGAUGGCUCCCACAUCAAAGGUUUGCUCAUCAACUUCAUCCACCAUAACUGGCCGUCGCUGCUGCGCCAUAACUUCCUGGAGGAGUUCAUCACUCCCAUCAUCAAGGCAUCAAACAAGAAAAACCAGCUGUCCUUCUACAGCAUCCCAGAAUUCAAUGCUUGGAAAGAGACACAAUCUAACCACAAAUCCUGGAAAAUAAAAUACUACAAAGGUUUGGGAACCAGCACAUCCCAGGAGGCCAAGGAGUACUUCUCUGACAUGGAGAGACACCGGAUCCCAUUCAAGUACUCGGGGCCUGAAGACGAUGAAGCUAUCUCCCUCGCCUUUAGCAAAAAGAAAGUGGAGGAGCGGAAAGAGUGGCUCACAAACUUUAUGGUUAACAGGCGUCAGCGCCGGGAGCACAACCUCCCCGAGGAUUACCUCUACGGCCAGUCAACCAAGUCUCUGUCCUACAACGACUUCAUCAACAAGGAGCUGGUUCUUUUCUCCAACUCUGACAAUGAAAGAUCCAUUCCCUGCUUGGUGGACGGUUUCAAACCGGGUCAGAGGAAGGUGCUGUUCUGUUGCUUCAAGAGGAACGACAAGCGGGAGGUGAAGGUGGCUCAGCUGGCUGGUUCUGUCGCUGAGAUGUCAGCGUACCACCAUGGAGAGGUCUCCCUCAUGAUGACCAUCGUCGGCUUAGCCCAGAACUUUGUCGGAAGCAACAACCUGAACCUGCUGCAGCCUCUGGGUCAGUUUGGAACCAGGCUGCACGGAGGCAAAGACUCUGCCAGCCCUCGAUACAUCUUCACCAUGCUCAGCCCCUUGGCCCGCCUCGUUUUCCCGCCCGUGGACGACAACCUGCUCAAGUACAACUAUGAUGACAACCAGCGCGUGGAGCCGGAAUGGUACAUCCCCAUCAUCCCCACUGUGCUGGUGAACGGUGCUGAGGGAAUCGGCACCGGCUGGGCCAGCAAGAUUCCCAACUACGACAUCCGGGAGAUCGUCAGCAACAUCCACCGAAUGCUGGACGGCGAGGAGCCUCUGCCCAUGCUUCCAAACUACAAAGGCUUCAGAGGCACAAUUGAUCAGGUUAUGAGCAACCAAUACAUGAACAGCGGAGAGGUGGCCAUCAUCGACUCCACCACCAUCGAGAUCUCUGAGCUGCCUGUGAAAACCUGGACUCAGGCGUACAAGGAGAACGUGCUAGAACCGAUGCUGAACGGCACAGACAAAGUCCCCGCCCUGAUCACUGACUACAAGGAAUAUCACACCGACGCCACCGUGCGCUUUGUGGUCAAGAUGACGGAGGAGAAGCUGAUGGAGGCGGAGGCUGCCGGCCUGCACAAAGUCUUCAAGCUGCAGAGCCCCCUCACCUGCAACUCCAUGGUUCUGUUCGACUACGCAGGCAGCUUGAAAAAGUACGAGUCCGUGCAGGACAUCCUGAAGGACUUCUUUGACCUGAGAAUGAAGUACUAUGUGCUGAGGAAGGAGUGGCUGGUCGGCAUGUUGGGGGCAGAGAGUUCAAAGCUCUCCAACCAGGCCCGCUUCAUCCUGGAGAAAAUUCAGGGCACUUUGGUCAUCGAAAACAAACCCAAGAAGGAGUUGAUCCGGAUGCUGCAGGAAAUGGGCUACGACUCCGACCCCGUCAGGGCGUGGAAAGAGGCGCAGAAGAAGGAUGAAGACGACAUGGAGGCAGAGGAAGAGCAGGAGGAAGGAGCGGAGAGAGAGGACCAGAGCAGCGGAGCGGACUACAACUACCUGCUCAGCAUGCCUAUGUGGUUCCUCACCAAAGAGAAGAAGGAGGAUCUCUGCAAGCAGAGGGAUGCCAAGAUGACAGAACUGAACACCCUGAAGGGAAAGAGUCCAGCAGAUCUGUGGAAGGAAGACCUCGCUGCUUUCUCUGAAGAGCUGGAGCGCCUGGAGCAAAAGGAGAAGGACGACGCCUCUGCGCCCGCCAAGCGUCCCGCCAAAGGCAAAAAACCCAUGAAGGUGAAGCAGGAGACGUUGCCCACUCCUCAAGGCCGCCGCGUCAUCCCCCGCGUCACCAGCACCAUGAAAGCCGAAGCGCACAAAAAAGCUGAGCUGAAGAAAGGAGAAGGCCGGAGGGGAAAGAAAGUCAAGAGUGAAGAUGUUGUGGUGAAGAUGGAGUUUGGCGAAGAAUGUGAGAACCUGGAGCAGAUCGAGGAAACUGGUCUGGCUGCACGACUGGGCAAGAAAACCAAAACCCAGACUAAAAGAGCUCUUUCCAGCAAAGGGAAGCAAACCACUCUUCAGUUCUCGACCGUCUCUAAGAAGCCAAAGAAGAAUCCGUGGUCGGAUGAGGAAUCUGAAGCAGGAUCAGAUGAGGAAUCCCCCGUUGCCCCGAGGGAGCAUGUGAACCGUCCCACCAAAGCUCCGGUAAAGUACGUUCUGUCUGACAGUGAAGAUGAGUUCCAUGAUCUGGGAAAGACGCGCGCUCCAAAGCGGAAGGCCAUCCUCAGUGACGACGACGCCAGCUUCGCGCCAGAGCCCAGCGUCCUCUCUGACAGCGACGUGGCCUCUCCAGCUCCUGCUGUCAAAGCACCAGAGCCGGCAAAAAAAGUGCCAAAGAUGAAAACGGUUAAACCAACCAAAGUCAGCUCGAGCUCUCUGUCUGGGGAUUCGGAGCCUCUUUCAAAGGCUCCAGCUAAAGUUAAAGAGGCGGCAGCAAAGAAGGCGGCUCCUUCCAAGAAAGCAGCUGCUUCAAAGAAGAAGGCUGCAGAUGCUAAGCAGCCGUCCAUCUUGGAUGUUCUCUCAAAGCCUAAAGCUGCAGCCAAAAAGGUUCCUUCUUUUGACUCCAGCGACUCUGAGAGCGAAGGCAAAGCUGCAAAGGCGGCAAAGACCAAACCUGUUGUGAAACGCAAACAGAGCAGCAGUCAUGACUCCGACAGCAGCUCAGACAACCUCAUGUCACGCCUGAAGAACAAAGCAAGCGUUGGCACCAAGAAAACGAGGAAAUGGGAUGAAGAUGAUAGCUUCCAGGUCUCUGAUGAAGAAGCAGCGGCUCCUGUUGCCGUGGCGCCACGAGAGAAACCCUCACGAGCGCGAAAACCUGUGGCCUACAAACUGGACUCGGACUCUGAUGAAGACGUUUAAAUUGAUCUGUGGAUCACAGAAAAAUCCAGUUUUUCUUUGUUUUUACUUACAGAAUAGACAGUUUCCUUGUUAAACAGAAGCCAGUUGAAACGUUAUUGUUCCAUAACCUUUAUAUGUUGUGUUAAAAAUCUUUUCUCAACUGUUCCUGUUUUGUAAAUAUUUCAACGUGUGUUUAUCCCAGUUUUUUAAAGAAUAAAGUUUGUAUUGUUUGUCGUAAAUGUC